CUUUUCACGUGCUUUAUGCACAUGCGCGCUGAAGUGCGCGUGACAUAUUCUUCAGAAUGCUACAACUGUGGAGUUGAGAAGAAAAUAAAUGAACGGUUUAAUCGAAACCAUGCACUUUCCUCAGUGCGUGUUGAACCAAUAAAGAAUGCUGUAGAAACACUCAUCCACUAUGCUGAGUCGCCUUCAGGAGCUCAAGAAGGAAGAGGAGACUCUUCUAAAAAUAAAAGUCAUGCUGCAAGAUCAGCUUAACAGACUUAAGUUCGAGGAAGGGACCCUGAGGUCAAUGAUUAAUGCUCAGACUGAGGAAAGUCCAAAUGAAGCCCCUGCCCCUGAGGUGGAAGUCAACCUAGAUGAUGAGACUGAGAUCAACCAGACCAAACUAGUAUUAGGUGCUCAAACAGACUAUGACAUGGAAGAAGAAGAGGAUGAGGAAGAGGACGAUGACGAGGAUGAUGGUGCAGAUGACGACCUCGAUAUGGUGCUAGAAGAUGAGGAAGACGAAGAUGACUACUGACUGUGCCUGCAAAGACGGCGUUAUCAUUUACUCCUGUGUUUAGGUGUGUAGUCUGCACAUUUGGCAUGCUGAUAGAGACUACAACAGUCUCUCUGUCUUAGAUUGGUGUUGCUUUAGAUAAACUGUUGGUUCACCCAUCUAUAAAAUCCUCCAAAAGUAUGUGUAGCACAAAUACAACUCCUCCUAUUACUGUGCUGUUGGCCAAGCCUGCACUUUAUGUAUUUUUUUAAAUACAUAUGAAUUAAAGAUUGCACCAAUUCUAUUUCAUGGUGUUCACCAAGUGAUGCUGUACUAUAUAGGCUUUAUUUAAUAUUGUAUUGUAUUGCUUUCAGAUUGAAUGCAUUAUGUUUAUGAAGCUGAUGAUAAGUAUUAUGUAUGUACAUGUUCAUGUUGUGAGGUAUUCGCAGAGGUAUUUUUUCUAUUUGGAGUGAGUGUGUGGACUGGGUUGUGUAUGCAUGGGCAUGACAAUUGUUCUAGCUGAGCCAGUAUUCUAACUUUUUUGUACUUCAUGUGCAGCAUUGUUAAUGUACAGAGAGUUCCUAUGUUUUCUUAAAGAAAAACCUCUUUUCUGCAGAUUUUGAAGAAGGAGCGUAAUUGCAUUUUAAAACACUUCAACUUAGCACUGUUUCUUUAACAGAGUGAGGCAGGUUAUUUGGGUAGGUGUUGCCUUGAUGUAAAUGUAUGAUGUGUGAAUGACAUUUUUACAUUACACUGUAGGUACAUGCUAAUAAAAGCGAGUAUGAUGACA